AUGAGCGAAUCCUCAUCCAGUGACUCAUCUUCCGAGGAAGAGCAGCAGAUUUCAAAGCCAGUUUAUGUCCUGAAGAAGCAAAGGGAUACCUCUAAAGAAGAAGAAGAAGAAGCACUGGCGCCAUCAUCACACCACCAACAUCGUCAAGCUUUGCUUUCUCAGUUAGAACUGAAGCAGGAAUCAAAAAUAGAAGAGGACACCGAUGAUAUAAAUGCUGUUGAUGAUACCGACGAUUUAGAUCCACAAUUGGAAUACGAAAAUUGGAAACAACGUGAAAAGAUGAGGUUCUUACGUGAUCAACAAAUCAUGAGAGAAGCCGAAAUGGAAAAGGAACAGCAAUUGCAGAGGAGACAAGAAUAA